CCUCCUCCUCCGUCCAGCUGCGGCAUCUUGGAUUUCUAAAAACACACUCACUGGUGCCUUGCCGUACUAGAAUCCAACCAGCCUAUAUGUGUUUCUGUGACUGUGUGGCUGCAGGUCCUUGCUACAAAAUUGACACUCAACCCUCUAGCAAACCACAGGCAUUUUCAAGCAAACAUAAUAAUAUUGCACAAUAGUGUGUUUGUGCAUGUGUGUGUAGUGCAAACGUGUGUGUGAUGUUUUUUUUGGGAAUGAUGAGUGUCAUGCCCCCCUCCCUCAAUACCACCACCCACCAACGAGCUCAGGAGACAAGGGAUUAGACUGCAGCUGAAAGAGACUGUGUGUGUGUGAGUGUAUUUGUGUCUAUGUCUGUCUGUCUGUGUGUAUUGGUGAAAAAGAAAUCCCUCUUUUGUUCAUGAGAAAGCUAGUGUAUGUUCAGUGUGUGUGUGUGUGUGCAUGUGUAAAAGAGGAGUCUGAGAGUGGAAGGAUGUGCCAUGCUAACAGCUAGAGGGUGCUCAUCUAUACAGAGAGAGAGAGAGAUGGCAGCGAUAGAAAGAGAGGGAACUGCUCACCAACAGCAAGGAGAUAAUGAGAUAGAAAGAGAGUAUGUGAUAGGAUAGAGAGAGUGACAGAGCAUUCUGAUUAUCUUUAUUGGAGUUGUUGGAUAUCUACUUAUCAACACGGAUUAUGUUUGUGAACCCUCUGUAGUCUAACCAGCAAUCACCUUCAGUCCCUUUCCAGUGGACUCUCCCACCACCUGAAUAGUUAGCAGGAAGCAUUUAGUCUGCCAACCUGCUUGUACUGAAGAACUUGUGAUUCUGCAACACCAAUCUAAAUAAUGUGACUUUUCCAGUUCUGUCCUGACCGGUUUCUCUCUCGCUCGCUCACACACACACACACACACACACACACACACACACACACACACACACACACUGCCCUGACAAGUUUCAGAGGGGUGUGUGUGUGUUAGUUCCUGCAUACUGAAUCAGCUCGGACAGCCUGUGUGUGUUAAUGGUCCUCUUUCCUUGAUUUCUCUAGGUAGAAUAUUUGAAUCUUACUUUGACACAUAGAGAGGAGACCAUUAUUUUGCAGAUUUGGUCCUGAUCCAUCCCAGUUUUGAUAAAGUUGAAGGAAUCCCCUUGGAACAAGACUCACUUAUCAUUGGAAGUUCUGCCUUUACCCACUAGAGUGCUCUUUCAUCAUUCAGUAUAUCUUAGCUACUCCAACAGAAGAGAGCAUUUCUUAUUUCCUGGAUAAAGUUUUGGUGCUGCGUGUUCUUUGACGCAGUGGAUGCCACGGCACAGGUAGACACACAGGAGAAUGUCGGUUAAUCUAAGUAAAAAUGGAGCAACGCUCACGGCCGCGUAUAAAGAAGUGGUGGAUGUGAAGUCUGAUACCAACUGGGCACUGUUCACCUAUGAGGGGAACACCAAUGACAUCCGCCUGGCAGAGAAGGGAGACGGUGGUCUGGAGGAGAUGGUGGAGGAGUUGAGCAGUGGGAAGGUGAUGUAUGCCUUCUGUCGCGUCAAGGACCCCAACUCUGGCCUGUGUAAAUACGUCCUCAUCAACUGGACAGGUGAAGGGGUAAAGGACUCUCGGAAAGGACAGUGUGCCAACCAUGUCAUUUCCAUGGGUAACUUCCUAAGGGGUGCCCAUGUGACCAUCAAUGCACGGGGAGAGGACGACGUGGAGCCAGAGAGUAUCAUGGGUAAAGUGGCCAAUGCGUCUGGUGCCAACUUUAACUUUCGCAAAGAGACACAGAAAUACAGCGACGUACCCAGUGGACCUGUGGGGUCGGUGUACCAGAAGACUAAUGCUGUGGAUGAGAUUCUGCAAACCAAAGAGACACAGAAAUAUGACAUACCCAGAGGACCUGUGGGGUCGGUGUACCAGAAGACUAAUGCUGUGGAUGAGAUUCUGCAAACCAACAAGGACAACUUCUGGGCCCAAUCUCAGAGGGAUGACGAGGUGCGUCAGAAGGAGGAGAGCAAGAGAAUGGAGGAGGAGAGGCAGAGGGUGAAAAGAGAGCAAAAAGAGAGGGAUGAAAAGGAGGCCGCAGAGAGACAAAUUAGGGCGAAGGAGAGAGCCUCUCAGAUCGACCAGGCAAAGAGUUACCAGAAGCAGCAGGAGUCAGAGUCUAGAGACCAGGAACGAUGUCAGCCGGAGAAGCAGGAGAGUGAGCGUCAGAACUCUCAGAGGACAAGACCUGCAUCUGUACAAAAAGCAAACGAGGCAGCAAGUCUGAUCUCCCAGAGGUCCUUCAACCCCAGAGAGCUGUUUAAGAAGAGAGAGGAGAGCGCUUCACUGAACAACACACCCAGCUCCAGACCUGGGAAGCUGCAGAGCCCCUUCCUGUCUCAGAAGUCCACUGAGAGAGCGAUGCCCAUCGAACCACAUUCCCCACAAUACCCUGCUUUCCUUCUCCCAGAAGCCCCGGCUCCACUGCUCUCACCUGUCCAACCCGCAGAGUCUUCCUUCACUGAAGAGGAGUACUGGUCGGAUGAUUUUGAUGAGGAUACAGAGGACACAGCACUAGAGGAUGAGCCAACAGUUGCCACCCUGGUUCAGGGUAGAGAGAAGCACAUUGGCCCAGACGAGGUGUACGAGCUCCUGCCAUUGGCAGAGACAAAUGAGGAGGAGAACAUUUAUGAUGAUAUCUACCAGGACACACCCACAGUGGUGGAGCAGAGAGAGGAGGCCAGUGGACAGGAUGUGCGUGCCAGGUCUCUGUAUGACUACCAAGCCACUGAUGACUCUGAGAUCACCUUUGAUCCCGAUGACAUCAUCACAGGGAUAGACAUGGUGGAUGAGGGUUGGUGGAGAGGCUACGGACCGGAUGGACACUACGGAAUGUUCCCGGCCAAUUAUGUUGAGCUCCUGUAGUUCCAAAGCCCUCCCACAUGCCUGUACAACCAAUUAGAGCAUCAGUUGGAUCAUUCUGACUGCGACCCCUGCGAACAGUACAGGGGUAGGAAGGGGGAUGUUUUCCUUGCAGCACAGAUAUUAGGGUUAUAAGUGGAAAGUGAAGAGAAUGGGGGUGCAGGGCUUAUCAGGGAUGUCAGGGAAAGUGACUAUCACUUGAUUACUGUAUAUUAAUCUACAACAGGGCUAAUGUCAGUCUUUAUGACUGUCUGGUUUUAGUCAGGUCUCAGACUAGCAGUCUCUAACUCAGGGUAUUUUAUAAUAUAAUAAUAUAAAUAAUAUGCCAUUUAGCAGAUGCUUUUAUCCAAAGCGACUUACAGUCAUGCG